UUUCCAGCUCGUAUCAAACUCACAUAAACACACUUGUGCUCUUCUUCUCUCUAUCUCUCUCUCUCUCGCAAAAUAAUCGCACGUUGAUGGAUUCCCCCUCUCACUCUCGCUCUCGCUCCUCCGUCAUCGUCGUCGGCGCCGGAAUCUCCGGUAUCACGGCGGCGAAGGUGCUGGCGGAGAACGGCGUGGAGGACCUGGUGAUCCUCGAGGCCUCCGACCGCAUCGGCGGCAGGAUCCGCAAGGAGCCUUUCGGCGGUGUGUCGGCGGAGCUCGGUGCCGGUUGGAUCGUCGGCGUCGGCGGCCGAAAAAUCAAUCCGAUUUGGGAACUCGCCGCCGAACACGGCCUCCGAACUUGCUUCUCCGACUACAGCAAUGCUCGCUACAAUAUCUACGAUCGCAGUGGGAAGAUCUUUCCGAGUGGAAUCGCUGCUGACUCGUACCAAAAAGCGGUUGACUCAGCGAUUCAGAAGCUGAGGAAUCAAGAAGAAGCAAAAUUCGAAGCCGACGGAUAUGGCGGCGGCGAUGAUGAUGAUGAUGAUAACGACGGGGGCAAUGAUGGCUUCAAACUAACGAAACUGCCACCGUCGCCGGAGACUCCAAUAGAACUCGCCAUUGAUUUCAUCCUUCAUGAUUUCGAAAUGCCUGAGGUGGAACCAAUAGCUACCUAUGUAGACUAUGGGGAGAAAGAAUUUUUGGUUGCAGAUGAAAGAGGGUACGAUUACUUGCUGUACAAAAUGGCUGAAGAAUUUCUCUUCACAUCCGAGGGUAGAAUCUUGGACGAUCGUCUCAAACUCAACAAGGUAGUCCGUGAAUUGCAACAUUCAAGAAAUGGUGUUAAGGUGAUUACGGAGGAUGGUUGCGUUUACGAAGCCAAUUACGUGAUUCUAUCCGUUAGCAUUGGUGUUCUCAAAAGCGACCUACUUGCUUUCAAUCCACCCUUACCGAGAUGGAAACUGGAAGCCUUCAAGAAAUGUGAUGUGAUGGUAUACACAAAAAUCUUUCUGAAGUUUCCGUAUAAGUUUUGGCCAAGUGGUCCCGAAAAGGAAUUCUUCAUAUAUGCUCACGAACGGAGAGGCUACUACACAUUUUGGCAGCACAUGGAGAAUGCAUAUCCUGGCUCCAAUAUCUUAGUUGUGACAAUAACAAAUGGGGAAUCAAAACGUGUGGAAGCUCAAUCUGAUGAAGAUACCUUGAGGGAGGCUAUGGCAGUGCUCAGGGAUAUGUUUGGACCCGAUAUUCCGGACGCCAUUGAUAUACUUGUUCCUCGCUGGUGGAAUAACAGGUUUCAGCGUGGUAGCUACAGCAACUACCCCAUUAUCUCCAAUCGCAAAGUUUGCCGUAAUAUUAAGGCUCCUGUAGAUCACAUUUUCUUCACCGGAGAGCACACUAGUGAAAAGUUCAGUGGCUAUGUACACGGUGCAUACCUCGCAGGUAUCGACACCAGCAAAUCGCUCCUAGAAGAAAUGAGGAAAGAUAAGGAAACAAAAAGUGAGAACCAAACUCUAUUGUUAGAGCCAUUGCUAGCAUUAACAGGAUCAUUGACAAUGUCGAAGCCAGAAACGGUCUCGAAUAUCCACAAAUGCGAUAUUCCUACACAAUUAUAUCUCAGUGGCAAGCUGGGGAUCCCAGAGGCCAUAUUAUAACUAUAUGGGACUGUAGAGAAUCCCCUUGUACAUGAUGAUGAAAGAUGCAUAAUUGGUUAGAACCACCAUGGCUUGGUGGUAGUGGGUCUUUGUCCUUAGUCUCGUUCGUUCGAGCCCAUGAUACCAUUGGUGAUGUAGAUUAACACGACACUCAGAGGUUGGUGAGGUGAAGGGAUGCUGGAACUUCACUGCUAAAGGAGUCUACUAGGUUAUGACUUUGCAGGGAAUUAAUUUGGUAUACACGCUUACGAUUACUUUGUUCUUUAUAGUCAGAAGUAAGAUUACAUUGUAAGGAUGCUGGGCAGCUAGCUAUAUAUGCAAAAUUAAAAGACCCUUGUUCGGCUCUUCUUGAUUGUGGCAGUCACCACAACUGCAUUAAGCUGUAAUUGAGGACCACAUUGGCCAGCAACAACCACGACUGCAAUCGCAAUUUAAAAUCUUAGCACUACCUCCCCUUGCCAUUAUUUUGGGAUACUGCAAUUCAAUAUCGAUUCCUAUAAAAUCAAGAACAAUUAUAAGUACAAUUGUGCAAUUGCUAGUAUUACUUACAUAAGUUUCAAACUCGGAAGAUUAUAUAUACUGAUCAUACAAUUAAUGGACACAUUCUGUUUC